AUGGCAACCCUUUCCUCCAGAUUCGCCGGUAUUCCCUUCGCCGAACACGGCUCUCAAUGGGACUCGCAAUGGCGUGAAUCUCGUACACCCUGGGACCGCGGCGGUCCCUCGCUCGCCCUACACGACCUACUCUCCCAGCGACCCGACCUUGUGCCUCCGGCCCAGCACCACGAUCAUCGCGGUCUACCCCUGCGCGACGCAACCGGCGCCGUCGAGAAGAAGAAGGCUCUGGUCCCAGGAUGUGGUCGUGGCCAUGACGUUCUUCUCCUCAGCUCCUGGGGCUACGAUGUCUGGGGGCUCGACUACAGCCCAGCUGCCAAGGAGCAGGCCAUCGAGAACCAAAAGAAGGCUGAAGCGGAGGGCUUAUACAAACCCAUCAACGGUCUCGAGAAGGGCAGCGUGAACUGGGUGACGGGCGAUUUCUUUGGCGAAGACUGGACUGCGGGCAUCGGUGCCAAGCCCAAAUUUGAUUUCAUCUAUGACUAUACGUUUCUAUGCGCCCUUCCCCGUGAGGCGAGACCUCGGUGGUCCCAGCGGAUGACAGAGCUCCUCAUUUCGGACGGCCGUCUCGUCUGCCUCGAGUUCCCGACAUCCAGGCCUAUGUCAGAGCCAGGGCCUCCUUGGGGUGUCUCUCCUGAGCUCUAUGAGGCCCUUUUAACAGCUCCGGGCGAGGACAUUGCCUACCAUUCCGAUGGUACCGUUGACGAGACUCCCAGCCCGAAGCCUCGAACCGACGCCCUACACCGGCUGAGCUUGAUCAAACCUCUGCGGACGCACGGUGACGGCACCGGCAAUGAUGGCGCUAUUCUCGACUUCAUCUCAGUAUGGAGUCGAUAG